AUGGCAUCUUCCGAACCAGCCCGCUACGGAGGCUUCUCGCGCUUCGAGCUCGAGCUAGAGUUUGUGCAGUGCCUUGCCAAUCCUCGCUACCUCCAAUAUCUGGCCACGCAGAAAAUGUUUGAGAAGCCCGACUUUGUAGCCUAUCUUGGUUACCUGCAAUACUUCAAGGAGCCCCAAUACUCCAAAUAUCUCCACCACCCCGGUCCCACGCUUCGCACGCUAGAGCUGCUUCAGAACGAGCGCUUCCGGCGCGAUGUCAUAAGCCCUGAGCUCGUCAACAACCUGAUGACCCAAAGCCAGAGGAAUGCCGUUCCUGCCAACAAGGACUGA